AUGGAUGGGGUAAGGUCACCGGCCGCAGUAGAGUCAUUCGACGACACCCCAGCCACCAUCAUGGCGGAAGCGAUUGACCGAGCGACGAGGAAGGAGAACCACAACAACCGCCGACCCCCGCGAUCCCAAGCGAACGGAGAAGCCCAGGGCACCGGCAACGCGAACGUCCCCAUAACCAUGGCAGACGAUUUGGCGGAUGAAACGCAAAUGACCGGCAUCGGGACAGGGGCAGGAACGGGAACGACGAACAAUCACAAGGACGUUACAUCAGUAAGUCCCCAAAAUUUUGUGUUCAUGUUACUGCUAUAA